CCGAGCCGUGGUGGGGAGGAUUUGCUUUGCCUUGGGUUGGCUGCUUGCUCUGCUGCGCAGCCAGAGGCAGCCGCCUUUCUUUCAGCGCUGAAUGUCUGUGCCAUUGCCACUCGACGCUGCGGAGAGAGCAAUCCCUUGUAUGCCUUGAUCCCGUUCUCUUUUUUCUGCCAAGGCUUUGGUAUUCUGGGCAUUGCUGCUGCUGCUGCUGCUUCCCACGUCCAAGGAAUUCUCCUUGCUGGGAAUCCCGCAGGCCCAUUGAUUGCACACAACCGCGCCGCACUUUGCAAAAGGAGCCAAACAGGACAAGAUAACCCAAGCGGCAGCCGCCGCCACAACAAAAAGGCGCCCGUCUGUGUGUGAACCCCUCGAGGUCCUCCUGGCAGGGCUGGCGUUCCUAAGCAUGUGGAAGCCGCACUAGCGAGGGGACGGAGCGGACGGAGCGGGGGUAACACGCGAGCGAAGAACCCGUCCUCUGGGCUCGAGUUCAUGGACAGCACCUGAACUUCGAGCGGUUGGGGGAGUUGGCUUCUGUUUUCGGUUAGAACUUCGCUGCCCGGACAAAUGCAGACAAAUGCAUUUAGGAGCUCAAAGGACAAGGAGUGGAAGCAUCUCUCCCACAUCAAAAACGAAAACCCUCCUCCUUUUUUUUGCAACAUGCGUUGCCGUGGGUGCUACACAAAUACGAGAAGAAGGCAUAGAUGUUCUUCAUCAUUUAGGCCUAAGUGGACAAGCUGUACCACAGCCAUCAACAGAAAUGACAUUGCCCUUGUCAUGUAUUUCAUUACCUCAGGGAGUUCACCUGAGUACCUCAGGAGUUGUUUUGUCUGCAGAUGCAGCCAUUGAGGUUCCUAUCCCUCAGGUGAUAGCAUCAAGCUUAGGCCCCCCGUUCACCAUACUGAUUAGCUUACGCUCUCACAGAGUAAACAAUGCCUUUCUUUUCAGUAUUAGAAAUAAAAGCAGACUACAGUUUGGUGUACAGUUGCUACCAAGGAAGAUAAUGGUGCAUACUGGAGGGAAGCAGUCUGUAUAUUUCGAUUACAGUGUUCAUGAUGAACAAUGGCACACUUUCGCUCUUGACAUUGCAGAAAAAACAGUGUCCCUGUCUGCACAGUGUGGAAGGAAGCACUUCGUCAGGGAGACUCUUUCUAAAGUACAGCAGUUUGACUCACACAGUUCAUUUACUUUAGGAAGGAUGAACUCCCAUUCAGUCAACUUUGAAGGAGUAAUAUGUCAGCUGGAUAUUAUCCCCUCUGCACAAGCCUCGGCAAAUUAUUGUAAAUAUGUGAAACAACAGUGUCGCCAAGCUGACACAUACCGAUCUCAGCCAACAUCUCCAGACACAUCUCUUGGGGUGCUCCCAAGCAAACAGCUGGACGAAGAAACCCAAACAGUUUACAUGCCAUUAAAUACGAGAAAGGAAGCAUCAAACCUUCACAUCAACAACUCUGCACCAGUCAAUGUGCUGCCAGAAUCCCCAGAGACAAGUUCUCCCUCCACACCUCUUUGCUUAGAAAAUAUUACUGCAUUCAAAAUCAUGCCUGGACAAAAUGCCCAGAGAACUGAAAAUGUUUCAAAGAUUCGUGAACAAGAUAUCAGCAAAAAGAAAGAUGGCCUCCAAAUUCUCACAGAAUUGCCUCUAAAUCUUACAGAUAAUGCCACAGAAGAGAUAAGCAGGAAAAAAUAUUCUGAUCUGCUUUUUUCCAUUAAGCAAACUAAAACCAAAAAUAUAGCAAAGAAUAUGUCAAAGCAGUACUCGUAUGAACCUGCAGAGAUGGAGCAAAUUUUAAACACAACUUUAUACAGGACUUCUGAUUCCUUGCGUUUGAAUAAUCAGCUUGGUUCAUGGGAAGAAGGUCAAUUUCAGGUUGACGAGACUUACAAUACAGAAAGCAAUUAUGAACUUGAUAUUGAUGGUUAUGAUUAUGACUAUGAAGAACUGGAAAGAAUAUUUGAGUUGGAGAAUCUGAGGGGGCCUAAAGGGAACCCUGGACAUCCGGGACUCCCAGGUCCUCCAGGAUUACCUGGUCCAGCAGGGAAGAGAGGCCCAAGAGGUAUUCCAGGUCCACAUGGGAAUCCAGGACUGCCAGGGCUUCCUGGUCCAAAGGGCCCUAAAGGUGAUCCAGGAUUCUCCCCUGGACAAGCAAAAAGUGGAGAAAAGGGUGAUACAGGACUAAUAGGUUUGCCAGGCCUAGUGGGCAUCAAAGGUGAAAAGGGUCCCAUGGGAUAUCCAGGACCACCAGGGCCACAGGGGGAGCAAGGAAUUCUAGGAAUGGCUGGCAACCCUGGGGCUCCUGGUUACCCUGGCAGGCAGGGUUUAGCAGGACCAGAAGGUAACCCAGGCCCUAAAGGUGUAAGAGGUUUUAUUGGACCCCCAGGAGUGGCAGGGCUGCCUGGACUUGAAGGAGAAAGAGGUAUUCCAGGUUUACCUGGAAAAAGAGGUCCUAAAGGCAGACAGGGUUUACCAGGUGAUCUUGGAAGUAGAGGCCCACCUGGUCCUGAUGGAAGUCCUGGAAUUGUUGGUGGAGUUGGCCCUCCUGGAUUUUCUGGACUUAGAGGUGUUGUAGGGGCAGUUGGGCCAUCUGGACCACCUGGAAUUCCUGGACCUCUGGGUCUUCCAGGGAGUAUGGGGCAAACUGGAUUGAAAGGUGAUAAGGGUGAACAAGGCAGUGCAGGAGAGCCAGGGGAGCCCGGGUACCCAGGAGACAAGGGUGCUGCCGGGUUGCCAGGAGAGUCAGGAAUUCGAGGAAAACCAGGUCCCUUGGGUAAAAUGGGAGAACCAGGACCCCAGGGACCAUUGGGCCCUCCUGGACCUGAGGGUUUUCCAGGAGAUAUUGGGGUUCCUGGUCUAAAUGGUCCUGAAGGUCCAAAGGGUUUUCUAGGUGACAGAGGGCCUCCAGGACCACCAGGCCCCAAAGGAGUUGAGGGAGAAGAAGGACCUGUGGGACCUAUUGGAGGAGCUGGACCAAGAGGAAAACCAGGUCGGAAAGGUUAUGCAGGUGAACCUGGACCAGAAGGCUUGAAGGGAGAAACAGGAGAUCAAGGAAAGCUUGGGAAAUCUGGUGAAACAGGUAUCAUUGGUUUACCUGGGGAAACUGGACCAUCUGGAGGCCCUGGCGAGAAGGGAGAGAGAGGUAGUCCAGGCCCUAUGGGGCCCCCUGGAGAAAAAGGUGUCAUGGGAUAUCCAGGACCUCCAGGAAGCCCUGGGUCUGUAGGACCACAAGGGUUACCAGGUCCUACAGGAGCAAGAGGACCUCCUGGACCACAGGGCUCUAAAGGUCAAAGAGGACCAAGAGGCCAGGAUGGUCCUCCAGGAGAGCAGGGGACACAAGGCAUUAAGGGAGAGAGUGGUGACACAGGGAAAAAGGGCAUUCCUGGACUCAUUGGCAAAGCUGGUAAUCCUGGAGAGAGAGGUGGUCAAGGAAUAACUGGUUUGCCUGGUCCUCCUGGAAACACAGGAGACAGCGGUCCUAUGGGUGAGCCAGGACCGAGAGGACAACAAGGUGAUGCUGGUCCUGUAGGAGAAACAGGUUUUGAGGGACCACCUGGCCCAGAGGGAGAGCCAGGACUUCAAGGAGAACCAGGCACAAAGGGAGAUGUUGGACCUGCUGGCAACACUGGACAACCAGGAGAACAAGGUUUAAGAGGUUUGCCAGGACCACCAGGGGAAGAUGGUAUCCAGGGCAAAGAUGGAUCAAAGGGGACUGUAGGAGACAAAGGACUUCCUGGAGAAGAUGGUGAAAAAGGAGAAACUGGGAUUUCAGGAGUUACUGGACCUUCAGGUGAACCUGGCAUAAGGGGCAUUCCAGGGCCUGAAGGAGCUCCAGGAAGUCCAGGUCAAAGGGGCCGUCCAGGAAAAAGGGGGGGAAAGGGACAACAUGGGCCCCCAGGAGAAAUUGGAGCCACUGGCAACCCUGGCCAAACUGGAGAAACUGGUCCAAAAGGUUCAAGAGGAAGUAGAGGCCCAUUGGGACAUUUAGGACCAAUGGGAUCUGCAGGAGAGUCAGGCAUUCCAGGUUAUGGGGGUCACCAGGGUCAACCAGGAGCAUCUGGCCCUCCAGGGCCCAAAGGAGAGAAGGGUUAUCCUGGUGAAGACAGCACAAUACUAGGACCACCUGGGCCCAUAGGUGAACCAGGACCUGUGGGUGAACGUGGAGAGAGAGGAGAACCUGGUGAUAUAGGUUACAGGGGCCACUCAGGACUUCCAGGUCUUAGAGGUGCUGUUGGACAACAAGGGCCACCAGGUGAGCCAGGCGACCAAGGUGAACCAGGACCAAAAGGAGAGAGGGGAUCUAAAGGGCCCACUGGGAAAAAUGGAAUGAAUGGUCAAGCUGGGAAACCUGGAAUGUCUGGUAAACCUGGGCCUCCAGGCCAGAAAGGUGCACCUGGCUAUCCUGGACUAGAGGGCAUUCCUGGGAAUCCUGGAAAACCUGGGUUAACUGGUCAACAGGGUCUUCCUGGUAAUAGAGGAAGCUCGGGAAUAACUGGACUGGCAGGAUAUCCUGGAACUCAGGGACCAAAAGGGUUACCAGGUAUGCCAGGGAACAUUGGAUCACCAGGACUAAAGGGUGAACAAGGCCUUGUGGGUCAUCCAGGAAAGCCAGGUAAAAGAGGUCUUCCUGGGACGCAAGGUGAUCAAGGCCCACCAGGAGAUAAGGGCCUGAAGGGGCAUGCUGGAGAAUUCGGAAAUCAAGGCUUGAUGGGAUUUCAGGGUUUCCCAGGUCCCAAGGGCCCUGAAGGUGACCUUGGUUUAAUUGGAAUUCUGGGACCUAAAGGCCCAAUAGGCCAAAUAGGAAGCAUUGGCCCUAUUGGUAAUGAAGGCAUCAUAGGCCCAGCAGGCAAACCUGGACCUAAGGGUGAAAAGGGAUCCAGGGGUGAAAUCGGCCCUCAAGGACCACGAGGUCAUCCAGGUCUACGUGGUCCACCAGGGGCACCUGGUCCAAGAAAACAAAUUGACAUAAAUGCUGCUAUUCAAGCCUUGAUUGAAUCAAAUGCUGCAUUCCAAAUGGAGAGCUACCAGAAUACUGAAGUAACAAUACUGGAUCACAGCGCCGAGAUAUUCAAAACACUACACUAUCUUAGCAAUUUACUGCAUAGUAUCAAGAACCCACUGGGAACUAGAGAUAACCCAGCACGUAUCUGCAGGGAUUUGCUUAACUGUGAACGCAAAGUAUCUGAUGGGAAAUACUGGAUUGAUCCAAAUAUUGGAUGUCCUUCUGAUGCCAUAGAAGUUUUCUGCAACUUCACUGCUGGUGGCCAGACAUGCUUAUCACCUAUAUCAGUGACAAAGUUGGAGUUUGGCAUUGGAAAAGUACAGAUGAACUUUCUUCAUUUACUGAGUUCAGAAGCAAUCCACACUAUCACGGUGCACUGCCUAAACACUCCAGUAUGGGGAACCAAUGAACUGGGUGCCCAGAAAUCCCCCAUCAGCUUCAAAGGAUGGAAUGGUCAAAUGUUUGAAGCAAACACGUUGCUUGAACCAAAAGUGCUUAUAGAUGAAUGCAUGAUUCAAGAUGGCAGUUGGCAUAGAACCCAGUUCCUUUUCCACACUGAAGACACCAAUCAGCUUCCAGUUGUUCAAGUGCAUAAUUUUCCUAAUCUCAAACAAGGACGACAGCACUACAUAGAAAGUGGCUCAGUGUGCUUUCUCUAGACUUCUGAUUGGAGUUGGGUUUUUCACAUCACUAUGGGAUUGUUGCAAGGAAUAAUUACAAAACUAUAGAAGAAUUGUACAGGAAGUGUUGGUGGCUUGAAGAAUCUCAGGAAGAAAAAGACUUCCUCCUAAGAAGGAGAAAUUGCUAAAAAAAACAAAACAAAAAACUUUUGACAACAUUAAUAAAUAUUUAAUUUUUGAUUGGUGCUUUUUUAUAUUAUUCCCUGGAAGUGAAAACUAUACAUAUAUCUGGAAAAUCUUCGGAAAACCCAGUGUUUAACUGUCUUAUAGCACUGUCCAGGACACCUUAAGGAAAGAUGGAGGCAUACUUUCUAAGGAGCAGCCAUGGCUAAUGCUCUCAGCUGUGCAAUAGCUUGUAUUAUAAUUACAUGAGAGUGAGUUAUGUCACAACAAAACAAAUCUGUUCUUUAACACUUAAGUUGUAUAAUGGUCCGUUGUGGACACAGACAUCUUAACAGAUGAUACACUACCUCUUACGUGUUUCCCGUUUGUGUUGCCUGGUGCUCUCUGUAUAACACAAACUGUUUGUGGCCUUACUAAAGAUUAUUUGGUUUCUUUUUUCUUUUCUUGUACUUUUUUCAGGCUCUGUGCUCUAGUUACAUCAAGAGAACUUUUCAUUGUAAAUUUGUGUCUUUUAUUUAAAAAGAUGGUCACAUCAUUAUAAGUAAAUACAUUAUUUAUGUGAAAAUCUUUUUAAAAUAUGUCUGUCUGUAAACAUGGAAAUGGUACAUAAGACAGGGCAUUGUAUCUGGUGCUUAUAGAAAGGAUUUUGUAGUUGUAGAAGGGCUACAUACAGUAGCCUAUUUUUAAAAAGUUUAUGGACUGCAGUUAAAGAUUUUAACUAUCCAAGGCCAUCGACAAUGAUGUAUUUUGUACAUAUUUUGUAACUGUUGAAAAUGUUAUUACAGCAUAUAUUUUAAAUGGCUGCUAUUAAAUUAUAAUCUUAAUUA